GCGACUGCUUUGCUGAUGUGGAGAAGCCCCCGAGGAAGCGGCGCCCGCCUUCUCCCCUCCCGGGAACCGGGACGAAGGUGGGGAGGGCCUGAGAGGAACUCGACGGAGCCGAAGCAAGGAAAGAAGCCUCGGCUGCGGCUUCUGAUCCCCGACCGUCGCCAGACCUGCUGCGGGAACGAGCGGCGCUUCGGGGACAGCUCUCCCCUCCUUGGAUUCCCUUUGGCUUCUUCGCCUCUGCUGGACCCGGAGAAGAUUUUGUUCGCUUGGAAGCGGAGCUGUGACCGAAGGCGGCGGCCUCGGAGGGAGUUUCCCCCGUUGGGGCUGCGCUGAAGCCGGAGACGGAAUGGAGGCUCGGGGGUUUCCCCUUCAGGCGGGGAGCGGCCUCCCCGAGGGUCCCCGUAGCUCCGAGGCUGAGCGCUGGCGCUUCCGCAGCUGCGUCUCCCGGGAGGCGGAGGGGCCCCGGGCGCUUUGCAGCCGCCUGUACGGGCUGUGCCGGGGGUGGCUGCGGCCCGAGCGGAGCAGCAAAGCCGAGAUGCUGGACCUGGUGGUGCUGGAGCAGCUGCUGGCCCUGCUGCCCCCGGAGCUGGUGGGCUGGCUGAGGGAGUGCGGGGCGGAGAGCUGCGCCCAGGCGGUGGCCCUGGCCGAAGGCUGCCUCCUCGGCCCCGCAGCCGCCCCGGAAAAGCUGGCAAAGGGCCGGCAGGCACAGGAGCUGUUCGCAAGAGAGAUCUCAGCAGAGCUCCAGGAAAAAGAUCAACCCAAUCCUUCUCAACAGCUUCAUUUCAGGAGGAUCCAACUUGGGCCACCUUGCCAGGACUCUGAUCCCUUUGAGGAGGUGACUGUGGACUUCACAGAGGAGGAGUGGGCACUGCUGGAUUCUGGCCAGAAGGCCUUGUGCAGGGAAGUCAUGCUGGAGGUUACUAGGAAUACGGCCACUCUGGGUGAUGGGCUGGAGAAUGACAAUGAGAAACAGGUGAGGUUAAUGCCAAUGCAAACAGCAAACCUUCAAGUAGAAGAAGUGAUUUUUGACCAUCAACAGGAUGCAAAACCGCAAGAGAACAGCCACUCGGAAGAUCAAGGGGAGAGGUCUUCCACUUAUCUUCCUAUUAAAAUCCAUGACUUCCUGAUCCAGCAAGACCAGAAAGGGAAGAGAAAGGGCAAAUAUAGCAAAAGAGAGAAAAAUGAAUUUGAUUUAGGUGAAUAUGCCAGAAGCCAGACCAAAGGAAAACAGUAUGGCUACAGACAAUAUGCGAAAUCCAUCAAUCGCUCUUUCUCUCUUUCUUUACCUAAGAAACAGUACAGAAAACACAAGCCACAUAUAUUGGUAAAAUUUGGGAAGUGUUUUGGUCUGAGCAGAGACAUGAAGCUCUGUAUGAAGUGUGGAAAGAACUUCAGUAGCAACAGUACACUUAAUCGUCAUCAGAGGAUCCACACAGGGGAGAAACCAUAUAAAUGCACGGAGUGUGGAAAAAGCUUUUCUCGAAACACGCAGUUUAUUCAUCACAAAAGGAUCCAUACAGGGGAAAGACCAUAUAAAUGCCCAGAAUGUGGAAAGAGCUUUAUUGAGAACAGAGAUUUUACUCGGCACCAAAGGAUCCACACAGGAGAGAGACCAUAUAAAUGCAUAGAAUGUGGAAAGGGCUUUAUCGACAGCAGAGACCUUAGUCGCCACCAAAGGAUCCACAGAGAGGAGAGACCAUAUAAAUGCACAGAGUGUGGAAAAAGCUUUAAUCACUACAGAACCUUUACUCAUCAUGAAAGAAUGCACACUGGAGAAGAUCAAUAUAAAUGCAUAGAGUGUGGAAAGAGUUAUAAUAACUCUAGUACUUUUACUAUUCAUAAAAGGAUCCAUGCAGGUGAGAAACCAUACAAAUGUUUAGAGUGUGGAAAGAGCUUUACCCGGAAAGGACAUCUUAAUCGUCAUGAAAAGAUUCACACGGGGCAGAAACCUUUUAAAUGCAUAGAAUGUGGAAAGGGCUUCAGUACAAACUGUAAUCUGGCUCGCCAUCAGAAGACCCACACAGGUGAAAAAACACAUAGUUGCAGGGAGUGUGGAAAGACAUUCACUGAGAGUAGUGAUAUUACUUCCCAUCAAAGGAUCCACACAGGAAAGAGACCAUAUAAAUGCCUGGAAUGUGGAAAGAGUUUUUUUGAGAACAGUGACCUUACUCGACAUCAAAGGAUCCACACAGCGGAUAGACUGCAUAAAUGCUUGGAGUGUGGAAAAAGCUUCACUCAGAAAGGAACACUUAAUUCUCACAAAAGGAUCCACAUGCAAGAGAGACCAUAUAAAUGCAUGGAGUGUGGAAAGAGCUUUAUUGACAAAUGGCGCCUUACUUUCCACCUAAGGAUCCACAUGGCGGAAAGACCAUAUAAAUGCGUGGAGUGUGGGAAAAGCUUUCUUCGUAAUACAGAACUUAUUCAUCAUAAGAGGAUCCACACUGGGGAGAAACCAUAUAAAUGUGUACAGUGUGGAAAGCAGUUUACUCAGAAAGGACAUCUUACUCAUCAUGAAAGAAUCCAUACAGGGGAGAAACCAUAUCAGUGUAUAACAUGUGGAAAGAGCUUUGCUCAGAAAGGACAACUGAAUUCUCAUGCGAGAAUCCACACAGGGGAGAGGCCAUAUAAAUGCUUAGAGUGUGGAAAAAGCUUUCAUUGGCGCACAGAACUUAUUCAUCAUGAAAGGAUCCAUACUGGAGAGAGACCAUAUAAGUGCAUGGAGUGUGGAAAGCAAUUUAUUCAGAAAGGUCAUCUUAUUACUCAUGAAAGAAUCCAUACAGGGGAGAGGCCAUAUAAAUGCACAGAGUGUGGAAAAAGCUUUGCUCGGACAGGACAACUUAAUUCUCAUAAAAGGACCCACACAGAAGAGAGACCAUAUAAAUGCAUGUAGUGUGGAGAAAGUUCCAACAAUUUCAAUAUAGUUACUCAUGCAGAAAUCCAAAGUGGAGAAAAUACAUAUAAAUUCAUAGAGUGUGGAAAGAGCUUUGCUUGGAAAAGAUAACAUAAAUCUCAUAAAAUUAUGCCCACAGAAGAAACCAUAUACAUCUAUGGAAUGAGCUUCAUUCAAAACAAUCAAAUUACUCAUCAUCAAAGAAUCCAGAAAUGAGAAGGAAGCUGCUUAUUGCAUAGAACGUGCAAAGUUCUUUUGUUUGAUCUGGAAUGUUAUUCAUGGUCCUGUGAGGAUUCUCUGAUUUCCAAGGAGUGGACACAACAUAGCACAGCAUUAGCAACUCUGUACAGCGUGCUUCAUUGUGUCUCAUGCCUUCCCAGCAAUAGGCUAUUGCUCUUAACUCUACCCUUCUGGACCUUGCAAGCUGAGAUUGCCGUGCAAAUGCAUCUUUAAGACUGAGUCCUUAACUGAAACAAAAAUUUCAGUCUGUAAAGUGGUACGCAACCUUUGCUUCCUUCCAAACAUUCUUGCAUUGAGGGAUUGCCUCGGUGCAUUUGCUCCAUUUUUUCUUGUCCAAUUUCCAAGCCCUUUUAAUACUUUUAAGCAGUAUUGCCAAGCUGAGUUGUCAAGUCAAUCUCUAGGCGGGAGUCCCACCAGAAUAUGUUGCUUGCCGUAGUUUGUAGUGCUGGCAGUUGAGGGAUUGCUUGCUUGUAUUGCUUGUCAGUCACCAAAUAUGGCCUCCUGCUUCACCAUCUUCUUGCCCUUAUCUCCUUUUCUCUUACAGCCCCACACAAGCUCUUUGCUCUUUCUUAGCCUUUGUUUCUGUAAACUAAGGGCCUUGGUGAGGUGAGGUUGCUUCUGGAUUUCCACACAUUGUUGAAAACACCAGUCGUGGCUCAGCCAAGCAACUGGAUCGCCAGUGUGGAUCCUUGGAAGUAAAGUGAGUGAGUGAAGGCAUGAGCCCAUCUCAGAUUUUUCGAGCUGUGCUGAGCCAUGGGAAAGAGGGGUGUCCUGGCUGCAACUGUUUUUCCAAAGCACAGAUAGCAAUUGUAGCUUUGCUUCCUCAAACUUCCAUGCAGGAGAGAGACUAUAAACACCUGAAUAUAGAAAAACUGAAGGGAGAGCUGUGGCCUGACUAUUGAUGGGAUGCCCCAUACAGGAGUAUUGUCAUACAAACAUAUGGAUAAACUACAUAGUGGGUAAUUCAAUAAAAGUUGUCUCAUUCAUUCUACAUUUUCUGCACAUAUUUCUCAAAGGUAUCCGAGACACUUCAGAGAAAAGGGUUAGGAAUUCAGAUUGGAAGAAUUUUCAUCUUCUUUUCUCCCCAUUGUAUUAUCUGCUCCCUUCCUUUCCAUGCAGUGCCUUCCCAGAUUACUCAAUCCAUUUUUGAAGGGGUUCUGCAAUUUCCUGAACUACAACAUACUCCCCAGAUGGGUUUGCCCAUUGGCUACACCAAAAUGUGAUUAGUAACAGGCUAAGUCUUUAAAAAGUAUAUCUGGCUGUUUAAAUUGACAUUUCUGACUCUACAUUUACGGUACAUUGAAAAGCGAGCGUGAUAUUGGGAGGUAAAAGAGUUGCCUUGAACUGCAAGAUGACUGGCAUAUAAAUUGAAUGAAUGAAUGAAUGAAUGAACAAUUAUGUCUGAUGUAGAAAGGUAAAAUAGAUUUUUCCUGAAUUCAAAGGAGGAAUUCUCUAGAGCUGAAUGUUACAUUCCUACCCUUAAUAUAGCUACUAAUUUAUAUCUUCUUUUUUUAUUGCUACUUAUGUUUAUAUUAUGUGCAGCUAAAAGUAUUUAAUUGGCUUUGUUCAAUAAAUUAUUUCAAGUUU